AUGAGGUAUCAGAACUGGGAUGUUCUUCUCUUUCCGGCGGAUUCGAGGGUUCCCCUUCAAGAGUUUGACACAAAAUGCUUUGCCCUUAAUCCAGGCUCUCGCCUUGCACCACAGCACGUACCAUCGGCUUCAGAAAUCGAGAAUUUUGAGUCCAUGACGAUCAUCCCCACGGUGACCUCUUUCAUCACCAGCCUCGAACCCCGGACUCCAUUUAGAAUCUCGAUUCAUAGCUGGAAAAAGCCCACCGCUUCCGGUAUACUACAAAGCUACAAAACCCGUGAUGAAAGAGUCAUGUUUGAAGCACGCAUCUACAUUGAUGGGGUUCUCCAAGCCCAACAUUCUUUCGACGACAACAGUGCAUGGCCGGAAGUGAUUGAAGAAGAAACACGUACUGGCGAUGGUCAACCGCUCUUGUUCCCCGUCUUCCACAAAGACAUUCUCUAUCAAACCCACUGGGAGCCCGGAGAUGUUAUUGGCCGUAUCAGCGUGGUCAUCGCGGAAGGGGUGGUCCGCCUGGACAGUCCUCAACCUGAUCCUCGUCUCACCUUUGAUCGACUCCGGGAUGUGGUGACCUUUGCAUUUCAACAUGCAUCUCAAGAUGUCCUUGAAUAUUCCAGUAUUGCUUGGCCAAAUCCAAGAAUGUUUGGAAGACUAGCAAAACCAGCGGUACGACCAGGAGUUAUCGGAUCCAGAUUGUCUCUCACGGUGGCUGACCAUGACAUGCACUCCCACUCGCCCAACAGAAUACCUAUCAGUGGUCGAGCCACCAAGCAAGCAUCGAACGGGUAUGACAACUUCCAAAGAUUGUUGAAUGCCGAGACUUUCUCCGAUCUACAGUCUGAUCCUCCUGGAAAGAUGAACGAAACUCCUACCGGGGGACUGGAUUCUUACAAGCGUUCAGCGGUUGUGGACCUCACGGGUGAUGCCGAGGAUCCUUUUGUUGGGCCACAGUCAAUUGCAAGCCGAGCGUGGCGAGCACAGUUGAGAUCUUCCAGCCAUGAUAUAUCAAUGCCUGACUACACAUCCAGCAGAAGAGAAUUCAGUCGAACUCACACUUCAAUGUCUGGGGUCAAUUAUCAGAGAGCAGACUUCCUGAAGCAUAUGGAAGAGGCCAACCCCCGAGAAAUUGUGCAGGCGCUCAGCCCAGCCCAGCAAGCACAACUCAUGAAGGAACUCAAGGCAGUUGACACACCGGCACAGGGAACACAUGCUCCGUCCAACACACCGCGGUCUCUGUCCGGACUCAAGCAGGCAACACUAGCAAUUGAUAAGAUUCGUGACAGUCUGGGCAAAAAGGUCGGAUCUAAUGCCAAUUCUCCUUGGCCGAUCAACGACCUGUCUUGCCAUUCGAAGAAGUCUGGGAACGAGGCUGAGAUGAGAACUUGUGCCACCUCCAGUGCCAAUGGCCAAACAGAAACUGUUCUGAUUGCACGAAACACUGAGCAUCAAUUGGCGGUGUCCGGAGGCAGUGUUCAUAGAUUGCAGUCAAGCACGACAAAACGCAAGUGGAUUUCCAACUCAGCAGUGACUGAUAAGACGGAUGAAGAAGGGAAUGAGGAAGAGGAAGUGGAACGAUCUUCGCCCUCAAAGUCUGGCAGUCACGGAACUGCGAUUUGCGAGAUAGCAACAGUGAGCGGCAGAGUUGCUAUCGAUACUAACUGA